ACAAAAGGGACAUAGAUAAAGUCGCUUUUCAGACAUCGUUACGUAUUUCAGUGGGUUUAUAUUGGUAAUGAUAAGGGAUGGGACAGCUGAAUAAAAAUAGUAAAUGGCGGCAUGGAUGAACGGUGUUUUGAAAUUAUUAGCAAAAGUGGAGGCAAUAACGAAAGUUUUGUUUGUAAAAUUAUUUUAGCUACCUACUGUUUAUAAAUAAAUGACAUACUUUGUGUUGCGAGUGCAAUGUUCGAUUAAAAUAAACUGGGUCAAUUAGACAUUGAUUGUGCGGCUAUGAUUCGCGAUAAAGUGUUAAUUGAACACAUGUUCUUAUUAUUAGCGUUUGCUAUGAUAAAAAAUACAUAUGGAUUACAUAUUCAAUUGAUUCUGUUUAAUGCAUAUUAAAAAACGCUUAUCAAUAAAAUGGUGCAUACAACACGUUGUGGAAUAAUAAUGGUGUUUAUUGCGUUGGAAAUAACUGUGGCAUUUUCGGAACGAUUAACAGGCGUAAGGUCCUUAAACCGCCCAAGGCGCGCCAUAGAGUGGGGACCGGAUAUCGCCGGUCCAUUCUGCGCUAAGCGGGCGCCGCGGUGCUGCCCGGACCGACUGGACGAGUGCUCGGUGCCCAUCUUGGACACGCUUUGUUACUGCGACGACUUCUGCGACCGGGAACGUAGCGACUGCUGCCCGGACUUUCAAUCCGUAUGCCGCCGCCGGCCUUCUCCACCUCCUCCGAUACGAGCUCCCUGCGAGUACAAUGGUAGAUACUACCGACAAAAUGAGCAAGUGAAGAUUAACUGUAACCUGUGUCGAUGUGUAAGAGACAUCACCAGUACCAACGGGUACUCGUUUCAAUGUGGAAACAAUGUGUGUCUCAUACAAGAGGAUGUUAUAGACACCGUCAACAAGUACCCAAACAAAUACGGAUGGCAGGCGAGCAAUUACUCUCAGUUUUGGGGCCUCACGCUCGAGGAGGGGCGUCGAUACCGGCUGGGAACCAACAAACCGGAUGAACCUGUAAUAAACAUGUCGAACAUUGAGGUACUGAACGAUAAAAGUCUGCCGCGGGAGUUUGACUCCCGGAAGAAGUGGCCUGGCUGGGUACACGGGGUCCGUGACCAGGGCAACUGUGCAGCAUCUUGGGCAUUCUCUACAACCGCGCUGGCAGCUGAUCGACUGUCCAUUGAGUCCCGGGGCGCCAUGGUGUUGGACCUGUCCCCACAGAAUCUGCUCUCAUGUAGUGAUAACAACCAGGGCGGUUGUCUGGGCGGUAACCUUGAUAGCGCCUGGUGGUUCCUGAGACAUCGAGGGGUGACGACGGAGGCCUGCUACCCCUACACCAGCGGGGUCAACGGCAAGAACGGCACAUGUCUGGCACGUGACCUGCAGCGGGAUCGUUGGUGCCCGGCCGGCCGACAGACCCGGGACAAGCUGAUAUACGAGGCCACGCCCCCAUACAAGAUCUCGUCAUCGGUAAAAGAUAUCAUGGCAGAAAUAGAAAUGAAUGGACCAGUGCAAGCGACGUUCCGUGUUCAGGACGACUUCUUCAUGUACCGGUCUGGGGUCUACAAGUACUCACGCACGGGCUCGGUCUCCGCCUUCCAGGAGGACGAUAGAAUGCUGUACCAUUCCGUCAGGAUCAUCGGUUGGGGCGAGGAGGUGAUAAGUCAACGCCUGGUGAGAUACUGGCUGUGCGCAAACUCGUGGGGCACAGCCUGGGGCGAAGGUGGCUACUUCCGGAUCGUGAGGGGGUCAAACGAGUGCGAGAUCGAGUCCUUCGUGCUCGGUGUCUGGGGCAAGGUGGAGGCGGAUACGGUGCUGAGGGAACUACUCAACGUAUUCCGCGCGGAACGUCUGCAGGCGCGCACUGAACUGGAAAGAAGUAGAGGCAGACGACACUUGAGACGUCAUCGCAGACGACAGAACAAACGCAAGAAGCAAAAGUCAUAAUCUGUGUUCAUUUUAUUUUGUGAUAACUUUUUAAAAUUGUAAUCCUUAAAAUUGAUGCGAAAAAAGAAGAAUUACACCAAAUACUACAUCAAGUAUCGAUUUAGGGAGAAAGAACAUACUAUUAAAUGACAUGGUUGAAAACAAAACUUCAGAAUUUGUAAACGGAUGGUUCUGGAUUACCCGUAUGUGUGUGUCGCAUGAAAUGCAUAUGAAUGAACUCAGUUGUUUCCACGCCGAUUCAUGUAUUAAAUGCUCAACGUCCAUUUUACCACAACGUAUGGUCAGUAAGCAAUUAUAUGCUACAUCACAAGAAAUGUAUUUAAGCAUAUAUAGAAUGAUUGAUAUUUGACGACACAUAAUGCAAAUUCGGUGCCUUAAAGAAACCAUGAAAUCGGCUUUACAUUUGCGGCAGGGCGUAGCAUAUGGAAAUGUCAUUAUAAGGAGUGGACGGUUUUAAGUGGUAUUAAAUUUGUUUCCCUUGUAAAGGUAUCAACAACUAAAAAAAGCACCUUGGUUUAUCUUUUCUCGAAACUGUAUCAUAUGUGCGCUGAAUGUGAAUAGACCAAAUAUACGGAUAAGUUAC